CUCCACCUGCAGACGGGCGUAGCGGCGCUUGUCAUGAGCGGCAGCGACGGCGAGGACGGUCGACGCGAGAGCAUUACCACCGCCACCACCACCGUCGCCACCAUCACUGGAGAAAGGGGCAUAGCUGAGGAAGCGAUGGGUGACGACGACGGCGGUUCGACGGCGACGAAGCGACGCUGCAGCGACGCCGACGCCGCCGUCGUCGGCAGCCGCGCCGAUCCCGCGUGGACGCGCCGGGACACGGACGCGCCGAGCGACCACGAGAACGGGGACGCCCGCGUGUUCCCCGCGGUCGCGGACUACGAUCCCACCGGGUGUGGGACGACCGAUCAGCGUGUGAUCGACGCGUUUAUCAGAGGUGCAAGAGCGGCUGAUGAAAAUCGUCGUAAGUCGUCUCUAGUGAGCACCGAUGCACUUGCCAAAUUGUAUUCCUCUGCAGCAGCUAUGGAAAGUCAGUCACGUCUCGGAAAAGAGUUGUGCUCCUGUGAUAAUACAGCUGACUACAAAGCUAAACGAGACAUGUUCAGAGAGGAACUGCAAAAGGCUAUGAAUUUCCAAAAUCUGUGGACAGAAUUGCGGCAGUACAUACGUACUGACUUCAACGUCGCUUUAGAAACGACUCAUAUAUUCAACUCUCCGCAAUCUCAUCGCAAAUUUACUACCGAUAUGCACAAUACGGUUAUUCAAUUAUGUAAAAGAGAUUCCCAUCAACUUUUCAUGAGAUUAGUGAGCCAAGCGCAAGAAUUCGUGAUAGAAGUAAAAAUCCGCUUGUUCGCUCUUCUACACGAUCGUAAUGUGAAUUUAGCUGAAAUUUUUCUCUCUGGUCUCUUGAAUGACUAUGAAGCUCUCGUAUCGACAGCUAUUCUAAUUUCUGAAUUAGUAAAACCAUUAAAAAAGUGCCUCAACUUUAAUUUGACGUGGGACUGCUUUAUCAAAAAGUUAUAUCAGAUUUAUGUAUAUAAUGAUGCUUUAGUGCAAAACAAUUUACCUACGUUUAUUGGCCAGCUGAGAAAACUUCUACCGUUCAAAGGCACCAAAUAUCAAGCUCUUGUUCAUAGAUAUCUAUCUUUCGACGACGAGAUGACGAGAAUCGGUAAUUUAUGGCCUGAGACAGAGUUAUGGAUGGACAAAUAUAAUGCAGAACAAGCCGUUCGUAUGACGAGACUUAGACAAAUUAGAGAAGCCUGGGAAUUGUUUACAGCAACACGUAAAUUUAUGGAGCGCAGUAUGUUAAACAAAACGUCCGAUAUCGGAAAUGAAAUGCAAGAGAUUCAUGGACAGUUUUCGUCGCUCAUUGCGCAUACAUCUGGAAGCGACAGUCCACCUUUAAGUCCAGUGUUGGACUUUAGUUCGGAUUCCAUAGCUAUGCCAUCGAGCAUAGAGAUAGUUCAAAUAUUGUUAGAUGAUUGGAAUAAAGCCCAGCAUCAAAAAUUAGCGGAUAUAGCCGGGGCAUUGACUGCCACCGAAGUAGACGCCGCUGGACAAGAAGAUUCCAAUUGUGACGAUUACACGCGUGCAACCUGUCAGUUGGCGCAAUAUGCCAUCAGAUCAGUGAGGAUUCACAAUGACGACUCUGGUGACACAGAGAACGGACUUCAGAACGGAAAAGGAUGCGAAUGUUAUACAUGCAAUGAAACUGGAGUAGGCCGUACGGAUAUGCAUAAAGACGAAAAUGUUGACAGAGACGAGACAAAUUCCUUUCCAUCCCUUAGUAAUGGAUUUCCAGAAAUAUCCACGAGUUGUACAGCAACGCAAGUUAAAAAGAAAGUAGAUAAUUUAAAUGACGAGGACAAAAAGAGAAAAGAGUCGGGCAUGCGUGAUACUCUGCACAAAUUUAUCGGCUCAAAGUCAGCCGAGUCGGAGCCUUGUCUAUGUGUUUAUCAACACGCGCACGAAUUAGUGGAAAGGAAGAAGGAAAUUCUAGAAAGUCCGCCCUGUCCUUGUUUGCUGAAUUCGAGACGCAAGUGGGAUAUAUGCCCUUGUUUACCAAAAUCCAUACCUGAGACGGUCGUAGCGAAUGGUCGUCCGAAAGCGACAUCACCGACUUCUAUCGCAAAGGCUAAUCCAGAACCGAGCCAGAAACCCGUCGUGAAGACUGGUGCCACGCAAUCCGCCCAAACUCAGACAAGGCAUUCUACAACGCAAACUCACAAUCACAGCAUGCAUCAGGGUAACACUCAUUCGCACGGACCGCUACCAGAUCUGACGAAAAACACAGGUCCGUGUUCUCACCCUAGACUUCGCCCACUUAAUCAUACACCGCAUGCGUGCCACAAGCAAGCCAACGUCGAGCAUAUCAAGAGAAUGUCGUGUAACGAUUUGAGUUCAGGAGAUGGAGACUGUUCGGAUUCAGGGAGCAGCCAGGGGGACUCGUGCUCCACUAGUAGCUCCGCACAGAGAGAUGCCAAUAUGAGACACUGCGACUGUUGCUACUGUGAGGUCUUCGGUCAUGGAAUGCCAUCAGUUGCGCCGGUGAGUCGAAACUAUAAGGAAAUGCGGGAACGACUGCGACAACUUCUGACGAAGAAAAAAGCCAAGAAAUGUAAGACCGUUGCAGCUGGAUGUAGUCCGCAAAAAAGUCCGUCGGAAUCGUCGAUUCCCAAUGCCAACUCCGAAUCCAAAAUCGCGACAAAUUCGAUUCUCAGGUCAAAUACUCCAAUUUCAACGACGUCUACGGUCCAGCAUGAUCAACGAGAUCAACGAGAUUUAGAGGAGUUGUUGGAGUUUAUCGAAGGCAAUCAAAGCGGAAAGAAAGACAACAAGAAGGCUGAAAAGAAAGCGAGGCAGAAGCAACGGAAGCUUGACGAAAAAUUGAAAAAGGAUAGACAAGAAGCGGAAAGGCAAAAGUUGAUAGAAUUACAGAAAAAGACACCGGAGGUGACGAUCACUGUUGUCGACCCUCAGAAGCCCAUACCUCAAAGAUUAUUGCCUCAGUGUAAUUUACCGGAAGUUUCCAUUUUGCCAACGUCGCCAUCAGUAUCUGUACCCACGAUAAAACCAUUAAACAAUAGAAAAAAGGAUAGGCAAGAAGUCUGUAGCAAUAGCGGUAAUAAUUGCGGUAAUAAUAGUAUUACUAAUUUGAGUAACAAGACGAAGACGGCGUCUGCAAGUUCAAACGCAAAAAGUAAGAGUAUUAAUAGCACGGAAAAGUGCGAAGUGCGAAAUACAAACUCUAGCCAAGGGAAUAAGAGUAAUGCGAAAAAUGAUAAAAUCGAUAGCAAUAAAGGCAACAAGCUACCAGCAAGUAUUAAUAAUAUUACGGGUACGAAAAAUAGUUCGAAUAAUAAUGCAAAUAAGUUGUCCGACGUCGAUUUACUCGACAAGAAAUUGACGAAGAAAGAAAGGAAAAAAUUGAAGAAGGAAAUGAAGAAACUGGAAGAAGCGAAGGCAAAGGAAACCGAAAGUGCAGCGCAUACAGAAUCUCAACCGCAAAUAGUUACUAUUAGGAGGGAAAUAAAUUCGAACAGCGCUGAACCUACAGUCACGAUUACUUUGAAAGGCCAAACUCCAGCUGAGGAUAAAGUUUUAUUUACGUUGGUGAAUGGACAGACUAAGGAGCCUUCUCAUAAGUCGGAGCAAGAACAAAACCAAAGUAACAACGGAAAAAAGAAAAAAGUCAAAGCGAUUAACAACAAUAAUACCUUGCAGCAGGGAAAUAAGUUGCAGCAAUCGAAUAAUUCGAAGCAGCAGGCUCAAACUAAAGCUAGCGACGGUAAGAACUUGAAGCAACAAGCAAAUAACGAGAAAUCGAAAAAUGGUAAACAGGUGGAUGAGAGGAAGGUCCAACAGCAGAGCGUCAACGAUGGCAAAAAUUCCAAAUCAAAGAAGGAUAAAAAAAAUACAGAGAACAAGGAAAAUGUAUUGCAGCAGCAAAAUGCAGUGAACAAGAGUAAGAGCCAACAAAACGCGACCAACAAAAAGCAAAACAAAGCGAGUACUCCUCCUCAGACACCGGCGUCGCACAAGCAGCAACAGAAUCAGAUCAUAAAUGAAUCCACGAUUGGUAAGAAGGCGAAGAAGCAACAGCAGCAAGAUAAAAACUCGCAAUCGAACACCAGUAAGAGCAAUAAAAAUAAUAAUAACAACGCGAAUAAUAAGAACGUAUCGAAUAAGAGCGAUUCUCAAAAAAGUAAUAAUGUAAAUAAAACGAAUCAAACUACCGUAAGUAAACAACGUGCGCCCACAGAGGUCCAAAAUACGUGUUCCGAACGAGUUAGUUCGCCAUCGCUUAGUAGCCAGUUUAAAGACAUCGGACCGAAUUCCAAGAUUAACAUUGAAAAUCUUAAGUUACCACCGGGCAUCACGAUUACGAAGGUCGACGCGCCGCCAAAACCGCUUCCAAUCAAAACGGCUCCUUUGCCAAAACCAGUGAAUCCGCCCAAGCAAACUACCAUUAUCGCCGCGCCGAUGAGCGGCGUUCAGUCGAGCUACGCGAAUCCGCAGGCAGGUGGAAAUGUCAUAGUGGUGGACACGGGCAAGCUUAAGCAAGACCUAUUGCCAAAAGCCAAUGAGAAAGAUUCGUCGAAGGAUUCGCAGCCUCAAAGUACUACUACUAGUAAAAAGAAGAAGAAGAAAAAUAAGAAUUCAGCCAAUUCGGGUAACGCAACGGUCGCGUCGCCAGUGCAAAACAACGAUGCGUUCGUAAGCGAUCACGUGAUAGACGAACCGGCGAGGAUCUUGCAUAAUCCCGGGACGAAUAUGGUGACUAUUAGGAACCCGUCAUUCGGACCGAUGAAAGUGCCACCGACACAGCAGGCCGCGAUAAUUAAAGUUUCGGAAAACGGCAUGGUGACGAUCCGAAGUCCGGCAUUGCAGCAGGCGAUCAAUGCGGGCUUGACGUCACCGCCUAAGCCGGAUUACAUAGUCAAAGGCGAUCUGUCGUCGUCAUCGGCGGGCAGAACGUCGACGACGCCUGAUUGCGGUCAGCUGAGCGUGAAACAUGCUAACGGUGUCAUAUCGUCGAGCCUGGCGGAAUUGCGCAGUCGGUUGAGCGCGCAACCGGAUUGCGCGUCGUCCUUGUCCGAGCUCGCCAACAUCCAGAUCAGCCAGAUGACGAACGGCCAACCGAUACCGGAGAACGGCAUCAAUCUCAAGGGUACCAGCGUCACCCUGACAAAGGUGAGACCUGAGGCAACGAGCAUGGAGGACGCGCGACAGGCGUCAGCGAAGUGCGCCGCGGGGAAGGAGGCGGCGGUAAACGCCACCACGUUAACAGCGGCCAACGGCGGCGGCGGCGGCGGCGGCAAGAGCAAGAAAAAGAAAAAACGCGGAAGCGGCACCGGGCAGUGCGGAGAUGACUUGGAUCUCGUUGAGGUAUUCACGCCCAAAGAUAUAGACCUCGAGAACGACGAAGAGAUGGACGAUGAUGAACGCGAGCUGGAGGCCUUCAAGCGAUUUUGCCUGCAAUCGGUACCGCCGCUGCACAAGGAGAAGGUCAAUCUCAAUAUCAAGGACAUCGUGCUGAAAAAGAAAUCGUCAUCGUCCUCGUCGUCAUCCUCGUCAACGUCGUCAUCGUCGGCAGCAGCGACGGCGGCGGCGGCGGCCGCUGUAAUAGCAGCCAAUUGAUUUGUAUAAUAAUAUUAAUGAUUCUGCGUUAAUCAUCCGCGUGCCCUGGCACGCGAUUACUGCCAUUUUUCGACGAUUCGACGCACCGCGAUCUAGAUCGCAUUGCGAACGAUUUGCGUGUCUUCGUCGACAUCGUCGUCGUCAUCGAUUCCGAGUUUUUACGAGAGAGACAAGUGUGUAAUGCCUUCGUAGGAUGAAUAUUUAAAUGUUAGCGUAUUAGAGGUGAAGAAACCGGAGGUAGGAACUCUGAGCGAUGACGGAACGAUCGUGAAACGAUCGAUGACGGGGGUGUCAUUGUAUAUGUAUAUCGUUAAAUGUAAUUAGGGAUAUAAGUUUCCUUCACAAAUACAAACAAUGAAGUUUACGUCUCGCGAAAACGUCGUCUUUCGAAGCGUCGUCCUAAACGAGGUCAACGGCAUUUGUAAAAAUUUGAUCUCGCUGGCACUUUAGGGAUAUAAGUAUGGUUGUAAAGUUGUGAACGUGACAGUGUCGUUAAAGGGAAAAGUCACGAGAGAGGAUAUAUACUGCGUUUGCAGCUUUGCAAAGUCUCGCACUGGCGAAGGUCGGACAACUUGCGCCACUCGACGCAAAUACACACACGUAGAUGUGCGUAAAUGACAGACAGAUGGACGUACACAUUGUUCUCUUCCUUUUUUUUUCCUAUUUUUUUCCUUAAUGAAAGUAGUUGCGCGUUUCUAUCCACUUAUAGAGCGUCUAUGUAUCACCUUUAUGAGUCUCUGUAUCUACGUUCUCCUUGUAGGAGUAGCCUGUACUCGUAUAAGUAGUUUAAACUAGCGUAGGACGCACACCGAGAAGGUUUAUAUAUAUACAUAAUUCAACAAAUGUACGUCGCAAUGUUUCUUAUUGUAUUGUAAUUAAAGUACUUUUUAUACGGUAAAUAAGACUAGGCGUGUGGGGCGAAUAA